AUGGACUCUCCCUCCGGCGCCCACUUCUCCGGCUGGCGUCCUUCAUCCAUCUCUUCAUCUUCUUCUCAUAGCGUCUUUCUCAUCGGAGUGUCCGGAGGUACUGCAUCGGGGAAAACCACAGUGUGUGACAUGAUUAUUCAACAACUGCAAGAUCAUAGAGUUGUUCUAGUUAAUCAGGAUUCGUUCUAUCGUGGUUUAACUAAAGAUGAGUUGAAACGCGAUCAUGAGUAUAAUUUUGAUCAUCCUGAUGCAUUUGAUACCGAGCAACUCAUAGAAACACUCAUCAAACUUAAAUCUGGACAGUCAGUUCAGGUUCCUGUUUAUGAUUUUAAGCUCCACCAGAGAGCUUCUGACAGAUCCCAACAGGUCAAUGCAUCUGAAGUAGUUAUUUUGGAGGGUAUAUUGGUUUUUCACGAACAACGUGUUCGCGACUUGAUGAAUAUGAAGAUAUUUGUCGAUGCAGAUCCUGAUGUAAGGCUUUCCCGGAGAAUAAGACGGGAUACUGUUGAGAGGGGUAGAGAUGUGCACUCUGUACUGGAACAGUAUGCAAAAUUUGUUAAGCCUGCCUUCGAUGAUUUUAUUCUUCCAUCCAAAAAGUAUGCUGACAUAAUCAUACCUCGUGGGGGAGAUAAUUGUGUAGCAAUUGACUUGAUCGUUCAACAUAUCCGCACUAAGCUUGGCCAACAUAACCUCUGUAAGAUAUAUCCAAAUUUGCAUGUGAUACAGCCUACUUUCCAGACUAGAGGCAUGCACACUCUUAUUCGGGAUACAGAAAUAUCCAAGCAUGACUUUAUUUUUUAUUCAGAUAGGCUGAUUCGUUUGGUAGUGGAGCAUGGUCUUGGUUACUUGCCGUUUACAGAAAAACAAGUUAUCACACCUACAGGAUCAAUUUAUAUUGGAGUUGAUUUUUGUAAGAAAUUGUGUGGAGUAUCUAUUAUUCGAAGUGGUGAAAGCAUGGAAAAUGCUUUGCGUGCAUGCUGUAAAGGAAUAAAAAUUGGAAAAAUUCUCAUUCACCGUGGAGGUGAUGAAACCCAGCUUAUUUAUGAGAAGCUCCCUAAAGACAUUUCAGAGAGACGUGUUCUUCUCAUGGACCCAGUACUUGGCACAGGUAACUCUGCCAGCCAAGCAAUUGAGCUACUUAUUAAGAAAGGAGUUCCAGAGUCCCGGAUAAUAUUCCUUAACCUUGUCUCUGCGCCCGAGGGAAUACAUUAUGUAUGUAAACGCUUUCCGCACAUAAAAGUUGUUACUUCGGAGAUUGAAGAAGGACUAAAUGACCAGUGCCAUGUCGUGCCUGGGUUAGGAGAAUUUGGUGACCGGUAUUUUGGUACAGAUGACUCCUAG